GCCGCCAUCUUUGUUGGGGCUGACAACCUGCAAGCCAAGAAGUACGAGAAGAGCCAGGCGCGGGUGGCUCACGCCUGUAAUCCCAGCACUUUGGGAGGCCGACACGGGUGGAUCACCUGAGGUCAGGAGUUCGAGACCAGCCUGACCAACGUGGUGAACCCGUCUCUACUAAAUACAAAAUAUUAGCCGGGCGUGGUGGCGCGUGCCUGUAGUCCCAGCUACUCGGGAGGCUGAGGCAGGAGAAUCGCUUGGACCCGGGAGGCGGAGGUUGCAGUGAGUCGAGACUGCGCCUCUGCACUCUAGCUUGGGCGACAAGAGCUAAAACUCUGUCUCCAAAAAAAAAAAAAAAAAAAAGUACAAGGAAAAAGUCGCAGUCAGCGAGCUUCUCGCCAGAGCCAGGAAUACAGACAGAGCGAGCUGAGAGGGAGCGCGCGCACGAGCGAGGAGAGCGAGAGCGCGCGCGCCGAUGACGUCACGCUCGGCGUCUCCGCCAUCUUGGCUGUAGACCGAGGCGGCAACUUGGGCAGUGCGGUCCGCGUGCGGCCGUAUCGAUGCUGAGGCUCGGAGGCCGUGGGCUUUUGUUGGGCCUGGCUGUAGCCGCAGCAGCGGUGAUGGCAGCACGGCUUAUGGGCUGGUGGGGUCCCCACGCUGGCUUUCGCCUUUUCAUACCGGAGGAGCUGUCUCGCUAUCGCGGCGGCCCAGGGGACCCGGGCCUCUACUUGGCGUUGCUCGGCCGCGUCUACGAUGUGUCCUCCGGCCGGAGGCACUACGAGCCUGGGUCCCACUAUAGCGGCUUCGCAGGCCGAGAUGCAUCCAGAGCAUUUGUGACCGGGGACUAUUCUGAAGCAGGCCUUGUGGAUGAUGUAUCUGAUUUGUCAUCUUCUGAGAUGCUGACACUUCAACAUUGGCUUUCAUUCUAUGAGAAGAAUUACGUAUGUGUUGGAAGGGUGAUAGGACGCUUCUACGGAGAGGAUGGGCUGCCUACCCCGGCACUGACCCAGGUAGAAGCCAUGAUCACCAUAGGCUUGGAGGCAAACAAACUAGAACUGCAAGAGAAGCAGACGUUCCCGCCGUGCAACGCGGAGUGGAGCUCAGCCAGGGGCAGUCGGCUCUGGUGCUCCCAGAAGAGUGGAGGCGUGAGCAGAGACUGGAUUGGUGUCCCCAGGAAGCUGUAUCAGCCAGGUGCUAAGGAGCCCCGCUGCGUGUGUGUGAGAACCACCGGCCCCCCUAGUGACCAGAUGCCGGACAGCCCACCACACAGAAAUCGUGGGGACCUGGACCACCCAAACUUGGCGGAGUACACAGGCUGCCCACCUCUAGCCAUCACAUGCUCCUUCCCACUCUAGCUGUAGCCUUUUCUGUUGAUAACACACAGAGAGCUCUGCCGAGAACCUGAGUAGGCCCUUGACACUUGUGUGCCCUGGGAUGCCCCCUGGAGCAAAUCAGGAGGUUCUGGAAGGACACUGGCUAUAUUCUGCAAACGUGGCUCAUGCCCCUCACUGUGGCUCAGCGUUGUGGUGCCUGAGGGACAGCCGGCCACCUGCCCAGUACUGGUCAGCGUUUCACCACUAUUCCCCUUGACCUACUGGCCAUCUUCCUCAGAGCCCUCAGAUACCAAUGGGCGCAAAUAUGACCAACUCCAUUUCCACUUGACUUUACAACCAAAAGCCUGCUGGGUUGGUUACAGCUGGGCCAACACAGUAAGAGGCAAUAACAGAUUAGCAUGGGUUGAUUCUGGACUUGGAAAAGCUUUUGCUUGUAUGGAUACGGCAAAUCCAGAUGUCUCUGAACAAAGCAACAAUUUAAAGCAACAACAUUUUCUCUCCUUUAAGCACUUAAAAUCAGGUGUGGUGUGUUUUCAAAGGCAGAAGUCUGCAUUUUGAGCAAAAGGUGGUUUCCCAGCUCUUACAAGGUAACUGGUUAGCAUGACAUUAAAGUUUGGGCGGGGCUGCAAACUU